AUGUCUUUAGCAAAUUUAAGGUUUUGGGGUAAAAAUAAGGUGGCUUUCGCUAACUUGCCAAACAAUAAGGAAAUACCGUUAGAAAUUCGUGGCUCUAUUAUUAGUGAUGCUAAAUUUAAUCCAGAUGAAAACAGCACCAGAGAUCUUUUUUGGGCUGCUAAAUCUGGGGAUAUCGAUAUUCUUGAAGAUUAUUUGUCUGACAGUGAUAUAGUGCACGAUAAAUUCGAAUGUAAUCGCUUGGAUCGCCAUAAACUUUCGCCACUUCAUUAUGCUGCCAAGUAUAAUCGAAUCGAUGUCGUGAAGUAUUUACUACGCUAUGGAGCAGAUAUUGAUUGCAUCGGUGGAGAUGGAGUAACACCGUUGCUAAUAGCUGCGAAGCAUAACUCUGUAGAUGCAUUGAAGGUUUUAAUUACUCUGAAUGGAUCGACAACAUUAUCUAAUUGUAAUGGCGAAUCUCCACUUCAUGUUGCAAGUCGAUUGGGGCAUAUUGAAGCCUGCAAAGCACUGCUUGAAGUAAGCCCAAUACUUGUUAACCGUGUUGAUCAUGAUAAAAUGACUGCUUUGCACAUAGCCUGCGUUAAAGCUAAGAAAGAAGUCUGCGCUUGUUUGGCAAGUUGA